CUCUUCAUGAUUUGCAUUUUACCCACACCCAACCUUAUGGCAAAAACUCCCUUCCUCAUCCCUCUUAUGUUUCUCCUGUUAUUUGCAACCUUCAGGGCUACUCUGUCGGCCAACAUCACCAUUGAUGAAUUCGCCCUUUUAGCCUUAAAAUCCCAUAUAACUCAUGAUCCGCACAACCUCCUAGCAACCAGCUGGUCCACUUCUGUAUCUGUUUGCAAUUGGAUUGGUGUCACUUGUGGAUCCAGACACCACAGAGUCAUUGCUCUGAAUUUGUCAAGUAUGGAUCUCACGGGCACCAUUCCAUCUCAAUUGGCAAAUUUAUCUUUCCUUGGCUGGCUCGACAUUCAUAACAAUAGUUUCCAUGGCUCUUUACCUACCGAGUUAACUAAUUUGCAUCGGCUGAAAUAUUUGAACUUUGGUAGCAACAGCUUCACUGGUGUUAUCCCAUCUACUUUGGGCAAUUUGUCAAAAUUAGAAAGGCUGGUCUUGCAUAGCAACGAUUUCAAAGGGCAGAUUCCUAUAACAAUUGGAAAUCUAUCAAACUUGGAACAGUUAUAUCUGGAUUAUAAUUCUUUUUCAGGCUAUCUAGAGUCGAAAAUAUUCGAUAGCCUUUCUAAUUUGCAAGAAUUAAGGUUGGAUGGUAAUCAGAUUUCUGGUAGCAUUCCCAGCAGUUUAUACAAGUGCAAAGAGUUGAGGUAUAUAUCAUUGUGGAACAACUCUAUGGAAGGAAGUAUACCUAUAGAAAUCGGAAAUUUGACGAUGCUCCAAUCUUUGUAUCUUGGUUACAACAACUUCAAAGGUUCUAUUCCCUACUCAAUCUUCAACAUUUCCUCGUUGCAAGAGAUUUCACUGGGAUACAACAAUCUCUUUGGUUAUUUCUCUUCCGAUAUGUUUGAUUAUCUUCCUCGAUUACAUUAUCUUAAUUUGGAAUAUUGUCAACUUUCUGGAAGAGUUCCAAUGAGUUUAUUCAAAAACAAAGAGUUAAACUUUUUGUUUUUGGAUAGUAAUAAUUUGGAGGGAAUUGUGCCAGUAGAAAUCUCAAAUUUGACUUCACUCAAGUAUGUCUCUAUCGAAGAUAACUACUUAUCAGGAAAAAUUCCAUCAGUUAUUGGAAACUUGACUUUUCUCGAGGAAUUUGAACUUUCUGAUAAUAACUUAACAGGCCAAAUUCCUCCCUCAUUAUGCAAUCUGAGUUCCCUCAAGGUUCUCUUCUUAUACAAGAAUAGUUUGGAUGGAGAAAUUCCUGAUAGCAUUGGAAACAUGAGUUCUCUUUCACACAUUGACCUAGAGAAGAAUAAUUUUCAUGGUAAAAUACCAGAAAAAUUUGGUAAGAGUUGCACCUUACACAGUUUUCGAAUGAGCAACAACCAAAUAGAAGGGUCACUGCCACGAUCUUUGGGUAAUUGCAAAGAGUUGAAGCUUCUCGACGUUGGAAACAACUAUUUGAAUGACACAUUCCCAAAUUGGUUAGGAAAUUUGGAUCAACUGCAAGUGCUUAUCUUGAGAUCGAACAGAUUCUAUGGUGAAGUGGUUAGCUCAGGAGUUACAGUUUCCUUCACUCGUUUACGUCUCAUUGAUAUUUCUCAUAACAAUUUCAGUGGCUAUUUACCUAUGAAAUAUUUUGAAAAUUUGCAUGCCAUUAAAGAAGGGAAUGGAAAAAAAGAUAAACCAGAGUACAUGACAGAUGGAUCAGCAUUGGGAGUGUGGAAUUAUGCCAUCAACAUAUCUUUUAUAAUAAAAGGGUUGAAAACAGAGUUUGAGGAAUUGCUAACUAUAUGGACAGUUAUUGAUUUUUCCAGCAAUCAGUUCUACGGAGAAAUUCCUAAAGCACUUGGAGAGCUUCACUCACUUAUUGUCUUGAAUCUCUCUCAUAAUUGUUUAACAGGUCAUAUUCCAUCAUCAUUAGGUGAUAUAUCAGAGCUUGAAUCAUUAGAUCUCUCAUCAAACAAGCUCCAUGGAAGAAUUCCAACAGAGUUGAAAAAUCUUGGGUUCUUAGCAGUGUUGAACCUUUCUCAGAAUAAUCUUGUGGGGCUCAUUCCUCAAGGCAAACAAUUCGAUACAUUCACAAAUGAUUCCUACAUAGGAAACCUGGGUUUAUGUGGAUUUCCAUUAUCAAAAAGUUGUGAUAAUGAAAAGGGAACUCCAGCCAAGUUUGAUAGAGAUGAUGAUGAUGGAAUGAGCUGGAAAUUUUCAAUAUUGAUGGGGUAUGGAUGUGGGUUGGUGCUGGGACUGAGUACGGGAUACAUUGUAUUCGCAACUGGAAGACCACGGUGGUUCAUUAGGACCUACGAGAGAGUUCGACAAAGAUUUGCAAAAAGGGUAAAAAAGAGAAGUCGUUGACCGAUUUUUGUUGCAAAACAAGCAGUGGAGGUUGGCAGGUCCUUCUCGAUAGUUGUUUUAUGCAAAAUUUGU